CUUGCUUGCAUANAUAAUGAUCAGUUGGCUAACUCACUAAAGAAGAAUUUGCGUGUCAUCUUCAUCAAAGGACCUGAAAACACAGGACACGAGAAUGCUGCUUUGCAACUGGCAAAAUCGGUCGGUGAUGAUCGCACCGCCAUCUAUGUGCUGAACAAACAAGCGGACAUCGGCGAUUUGGCCAACAAAUUGCAAUCUCUCAACCACCAAAACGCCAACAAACCCGAGGUGCACUUCGUCAAGUACAGGACCCCAGCUGAUGCUGAAAAUGCCCAGCAUGCCAUCCAGUCGCAAUACGACGGUUUGGGCGGUCCCUCCAGCAGCCACAAUGGCGGUGUUGCGCCAGUGUUGAACUUCGCAUCAAAGUCGCCUGCGCCAGUUGCCCAGCAGCAGUAUAGUGGCGCACCAAUCAGCAGCGUCGAUAAUGCCUAUCUGCCACCAAACAAGCGCGUAUAA